GCGGUGACGACCGAUCCGCCGGGCAAGGUUCAACUCCCGGGCCCUGGACCUGGAAUGCAUUGUGACCGGCUUGCGGAUGAUGAGGCCAUCGGACACGAGUUUUCGGAUGGUCUGGCGGGAGUUGGCAUUGCUGAUUUCGUUAACCUCGUUGGGGUCGAGCCAGAUUUUCCGCUCGCCGCAGCCGAUGACCGACGCGGCCAAGCGCUUCUGAGUUCGGAGGUUGACCCUGCAGUAGAAGGCAACAUGUCAGUCUGUGCGCCACUUGUCGAUGAAAAAAAAAAUCCAAAUGUGCGAAGCCCGGGCGUGUCUGUUGUGGAUGGCCGCUGGCGAAGUGCUGACAUUUCUCAGAUCGCAUUUCGAGGGUAACGUCCGAGAUCGAAUUCGACAGACCGAUUCAAGAGGGCUCGUCGAAUGGAACAUGCACUCGAAAAGGGACAAUAAUAACCUAGAGUCUUCAAGAGGAACCAGCACUUCAACUUACAUCUUGAAAGAUAACCUGAUCGAUGGUCGUUCCGGCUUUGCGAGUUGAUGGAAAG